AUGCCUGAAUCAUCGAAAAACAGCGCGAAACCCCAGUUUCCGGAAUCCACAGUCGGCAAUUUCUUGGAAAAUUUCGGGAUUCGAUCGGGAGAGAUCGAAGUGAUAAAGCAACUGGUCAGCUAUGACGACCAGAACUUCUAUAUAAAGCUCUCGAAUGGUCACGAGCACCUGUUCAAGAUCACCAACAGCAAUGACAGCAAAAACGUCCAGCUGAUCACGGAGGUUACCCUGCUCAUGGCACAAUUGGCGAAAUCGAUACCCUGUUCUGUUCCCAAACAGAUUCUCGGGGGCGGAUACCUAUCCCGAGUUCACGAUGAUCGUGGGGGAACGCGUAGGGAGUUUAUCGCUCGCUUAUUCGACUUCCUCCCAGGCAAGACGCUGGAAAACUCAGCCACGCUCGCGCAAGCGUACCAAUGGGGAGAGCUUCUUGGUCGAAUGCAUGUCGCCUUCCUUGAUAUGGACUUCCCAUCUAUAAAGUCCCGCUCGUUUCUCUGGGACUGGGAACAUGUAACGGAUGCUCGCAAAUUUCUGGACGUUCACACGGACGGCUUGAAUAAACGUUCCAUCGAAGAGGCAUUCGAUGCCUACGACAGAAUAUCAGUUGACUUGAAGAAGAUGAAGAGAGAGCUGCUCCAUGGCGAUUUGAACGAGAGGAACGUUCUGGUGAACUCGUCCGGGGAAGUUUACGCGGUACUGGAUUUCGGUGAUUGUCAAGGCGGCCCAUUCAUCUGGGAUGUGGCUCUGGUAAUCGCGUACGUUUGUCUUGCUCUCGAGGACGUCAAGAGGGACCUCCUCGAGUAUACUGGACAGGCCCUCGCGGGCUACUGUCAGCACAUGCCGCAAAUCAUUCAAGAGCACGGAAGCAUUCGAGCCUUAAGGACAUUGGUUUGCGCUCGGUUCGCGCAAUCCCUGACCCUCGGACUGCACAGUUUCAGAACUUCGGGGGACCCCUAUGUCCUGACGUCCCAGAAAAAUGGCUGGCCAUCAUUACAUAUGUUCCAAGAGGAACCUGAAGAAAGGUUUCGAGAAGUCUGGCAGGGGGCAGUGGCUCCUGACAGCGUAACCUUGAAAUGACGGCCGACGCUCUCGGAGCAGUCGAGAUUGUGCUAUUUCGAUGUCCGAGAUCGUUGAAGUGGAAGUCACGAUGGGAAGGUCCAUGAGUCGCUCUCUCCCGAUAGGUUUACGUAAAUUCUGACUUAUGUAUUUUAAGAGUUUCCCGCGUCUAUACGAUCUGAUUGCAUGAGCCCGCUCUGGUUCUCACAAUUGUGCACAAGUGACGCAAUCGUUCCUGAUGUGCAGGAUAUUUGUCAAAAAAGGGAAGAGUUGUCUUGUGGGAUUAGGUAACGAUCAUGAACUAGUCCGGAUCGCUCCGGAGCAGAAGCACGGUCCUGGAAAUGAAUCAC